UGAUGUGGAUGAAAAAGUGUUAGCUGAUGCCAUUAAGAUGACAAAUAUUGCUGUCAACCUGUGUUUGUCAAACAAGUUCCUUCAAGCACAAGCUAAACUGGAACCAUGGAUAAAUGAAAGCAUGUACCAUGCUCUUGGUUACAGCACCAUCAUGUAUCUCCAGGCUAUGAUGACAUUUGAACCUCAAGCUAUACAGCAAGCAAGUAACAGCAAUAAACUUGCUUUAGAUGUGUGUGAAAGAUACAGAAGGAAACACACAUGGACAGAAUCAUUUACUAGCUGGAUUUGGAAUCCAUCCUAUGAUAAUUUAACAGAAGUGGAAAGACAUGCUGAGCUGUGCUAUGCCGAGUGUUUAUUUAUGAGGGCAUUACUCACAUUUAUACAGGAUGAAAAUCUGGUCAGCUUCAUUCGCGGAGCUCUAAAAAUCAGAAGUGCUUAUCAGACUUACAAGACUUGCCUGGACAUGGUUGCCCAUCAGCCAUCAUCUCUUCAGCAUUCACCACAAAGAAAGGACUUUGAAGGAGGAGUUCACCUUGGCAUUGGAGGAUUUAAUUUGAUGUUGUCCCUACUUCCUGCAAAGAUAAUCAAGUUGUUAGAGUGGGUUGGUUUUUCAGGAGGCAAGUUUUUAGGUCUGGAUCACUUAGACCAAGGAUGCAGAGACCAGAACUUAAGAUCGCCCAUGUGUGCCAUGGUUCUGCUCGCCUAUCACAGUGUAAUAACUUAUUACCUUGGAAACGGCGAGGGAGACGUCAUGUACGCCGAGAAAAUUCUCCAGCCACAUCUGAAGGCAUUUCCGAAGGGAGCGAUAUUCUUGUACUACGCUGGUCGUAUAAAACAAGUUCAAGGAAAGUUGGAUGAGGCCACCAAAAGCUAUAACGACUCAAUAGCAGUACAGUCUGAAUGGAAACAGUUCCAUCAUAUCUGUUACUGGGAGUUGAUGUGGUGUUAUUCGUAUGAGGGGGACUGGGCCACAGCGUACCACCAUGCAAGUGUUCUUUUGAAGGAAAGCCGCUGGUCACGGACAUCCUACAUGUAUCUUAAAGCUUGCUUCAGAGUUAUGGCGAGAAUCACAAACCUGGAGCUCGCGAGAGAAGACGAUCAGGGUGAAAAGGACACUGAGGAGUAUCUUUUCAGGCGACUUCCGGAAUACAAGCAGCGUAUCGCUGGAAAGUCCGUUCCGUUUGAGAAAUUUUCCAUUCACAAAGCUAACAAGUACCUGGAACAAGGCAACCAUUUAUUUCUUCCUGGAAUGGAACUUAUAUUGCUCUGGAAUGGCUUCAAAGUUCUUCAUCGCAGGCCGGACUUAGUGGAGCCAAUGUUGAAACUUGUCCAAACGUCGCUGGUAGAGUUAGAAGAAACUAAAGGUAAAAAUACAAAUUACAUGGAUGAUUUGUGUCUUGGAUACCUGCUUCAGGGAAUGUGUUACCGUUGUGUGAACAAACCGAAAGAAGCAAUGGAGAGCCUCCUUAAUGCGGUAAACAGAUCAAAGGACCUAGUUAAGGAUUUCUACUUGGCUCCUUUCGCAUGCGCAGAAGUUGGCUUUCUGUACCUAGAGGAGGGAGAUCUGGAUCAAGCCAAAGAAUACCUCAAUAAAACAAGGAAAGACUACGAAAACCAUUUGUUACAAAGCAGACUUCACUUCAGAAUCCACUCAGCGCUUCAAGAAAUCAAACACAGACGCAAGCAGGCGAAAGAAGCAGCUAAAAUGGAAAAAAAGCAAUCCAAACGCUCCAAGAAUGGUGUCACUAACAAUAAUUCCUCAAUAGACGAGGAUUCUAUCAGCAUCUCUCUCGGUGGAUCCGAGAGUCUCUCGCGCCAGGACUCCAACUCGUCCUUUGAGACAGCUCCUGAAUAUUCAUCGGAAGAUGACAGGGACCUGGGAGACAUGGAACGGGAUAGCAGUCCUAAAGAGAAUGUUGUUUUGGAAACCACAGUGUGAAAAUUUUCCGUCUCUUUAAGUUAUUUAAAUUUCCUUUAGUAUCUUUUACGUGGUGUUACAGGAUGAUAAAAAGCCUCGGUAAUAAAUUUAUUAGUUGUUAAAAAACCUAGAUAGAGCCAUGCCAAGUCCACUCCAAUGAAGCCAAUGAAGUGAUAUUUUGUUUUCUAAAGGUGUUAUUUCUUUUUUUUUUUUUUUUUUUUUUUUUUGUUUUUGUUUGUUUCCCUUCACCAGAGCUUCAUUUUCGUGGACAUUAACGGAGUCUAGUUCCCUAAUUUUAUAUACGUUUUUUUUUCUAACAAGGCUGUAUUUUUUUUCUGUGUAUGUUAGUGUUAAGUGAGGAAAGCCGUUUCUUCGACAAGCCGAGUUGAUUAUUACAUUAGACACAGCAUUUUGUUUACUUUGGGGUUAGGGGUAGCCUCUGUAGCGAGUAAAAAAUAAGUAAUUUUUUGUGACUCGUGAUCUUCACGAGCGCUUUUAACAAAAUGAGUUUGUCAGGGGAGGCGGGGCUCGGGUUGAUAAUUUGAAGGAAUGUGUCAACGGAUCUUCACGAGAAGCUAAUAGAGGAAAGCUCAAUCCGAAGAGUAAAAUGUCCCUGCAAAGAUCAUCUCGCGUGGCGUUAUAUUAUCGAGAUAUGACUCGGUCUUUGGCCAAUGAGAUCGUUUGCAUCAUUUCUAUAAUCACGUGAGCAAUGAUCUCGCUCUUUUAAUUUCAAUUUACAAAGGGAAGUAGUUUGGUGUGUAUAAUUUCCCUCAGAAGUCUAAAGUUAAACUCCUCAAAUAGUUGGGAAUUUGAACGAAUUAUAGAUUUUAUUUAUUCUGUCCGUUCUUAUAUUUGCAUUGCUUCUAACCGAAAUAUUCAUUUUAGAUUUAUUUAUUUUUAAGCCAGAGAUAUUCUAAAUUAACAACAAGAAAAAUAAAACUCUAUCUGUACAUACGUCGCGUGAAGCGAAAUUGUGUUAUUACAAUCACCCACUGUGGUGAAAUCAGGAAAGCUUUAAUCUUUCAUCGAGCAGUUUUUUAGUCAGUUACGUCAUAUUUUUGUGUGCUUGCAGACUUAUUUUCCACCGAGUAAUUUUAAGAUUUUAGGGUUAAAAUGAAUGCUUCGAGAUGAAGGAAAUUUCUGAUUUUUCCAACGCGCGCAGCGGAAAAUAAAACCAAGGAACUGUGGAUUAACUUACUUUACAUCGUUCUUAGAAAGUUUUAGAUCUGGCUUAUUUAGAUAGGAAAAGUUUGUAUCACAUUUGCUUAGAGUUUAUAGGAAUAAAAGGAAAAAGCUUUCUUGUUGUUAUA